AUGUCGCGUUCGACUAAGCGUAUUUUCCAUCAAAUCCGUCAAUUUUCCCAUUUUCUGCGAAUUUCCCCGCUGGUUCAAGAAGCUUUACGGAAUGGAAAAGGAGUUGUUGCUCUUGAAAGUACAGUUAUAACUCAUGGCCUUCCGUAUCCGCACAAUUUGAAGUGAGUUUCGUUCGAAAUUUUAUUGAUAUUUACCAGGGAACGUUGUUUACUUUAAAUUGAGGAUCUUUAAAAUCUUGAAAUAGCGCUAUUUUGUCAUAAUUUGCGUAUUUUGAACACUUUAAAGCUUCAAAAUUCAAAAACAAGAUCUAUGCCAAGAGUUUUUUUUUGGUUUUCUGGUUUUCUUGUUCUUUUUUCUAUUUUGAAUGGGUUUGAUUUUUCUGAUUUUAUUUUAUAGAACUGCGCAAGAAUUAGAAGAACAAGUGAAGUCUUCCGGAAGUCAACCUGCCACUAUUGCUCUCAUUGAUGGAAAUGUUCAAAACAAAUGAUUAUUAAUAAAAAUAAACAUUUUACAGAUCCACGUUGGACUAGACGACAGCCAAUUGGAGCAAGUAGCAACCACAAAAAAUGCUGUUAAGGUAUCAACCAGGGACAUUGCAAAAACGCUUGUGCGGGUGAGAUCAUCGCGAAAAUUUUACAAUUCCUAGGAAUUUUCUCAGAAAGAACUCGGUGGGACAACGGUAGCCGCUACAAUGAGAAUAGCCCACGCCGCUGGUAUUCAGUUUUUCGCAACUGGUGGGAUUGGAGGCGUCCAUCGAGGAGCCGAACAAAGUGAGUGGAGUAAAGGGAUGGUUUCUAUCCUUGCUAAGGAUUAAUCAGAAUUUUGGAAAAGGGGAGUCUGCUCACAAAAAAAAACGAUCGAGUUGUAUUUUUCAUUAAGGAAAAAAUUGCCAAAGUUUCUAAGACAAAAACAUUUUUUACUUUUUACAACUUUUUUUUAAGGAGCUCAAUCUCUCUGAAACUUUCUGGAUUCGUGAUGACUGGUACUUUGAACACUCUGAUGACGUUUCCGUUCACAGAAAAAAACGCAGCUUCAGAAACUUUCAGAAAGAUUGAAUUUCCUGACAAGAAAUUUGUGACCAAGGUCGCGUUUUUUCGAAUAAUUUCUGUCGCUACCGUAGGUUUUCUCAACAGAAAUAUUCUGAUUUUGAGACCCUAAAAUCCUUUUGUUUCCGAGGGAUCUUGUUCAGGCCCAUAUUUUGAAAAAACCUCAAUUCUCGGCUAGAGUAUUUGCUCAAACAUAGGAAAAAUCGUUCCACUGUACCUAUUAUUAUUUAAUACUAAAUUGUAAAGCCUUUCAGUUUACUUCAAUGAAUUAUUAUUCCAGCUUUUGACAUUUCUGCGGAUCUUCAAGAACUAGCACGAACUCCUGUGUGUGUAGUUUGCUCCGGUGUGAAAAGCAUUUUGGACAUACCAAAAACCAUAGAAUACUUGGUAUAAAUCACGCUAUCAAAUUUCCAUAAAACUCAUCUUUGCAGGAAACAAACUCGGUGAACUGCGUGGUGUUUGGGAAAGAAAACAUCUUCCCCAGCUUUUUUACAAGCAAAUCGGAGAGUGAAGGGCAGUUCUGUACCACCUGCUUCGAUGAGAUCAUCGCUCUCCAGGGUACGGUAGAUAAAAAAGCUCUUUCCGCAAGGGAACACUUUUUACAGAAACAUCUGCGCAGCUGGGCUUUUCCGCAGGAACUCUUCUUGCUUGCCCGAUACCAGAAAAAUUUGCAGCUGACGGUCAAGUUAUACAAACCGCUAUUGACCAAGCUUUGAAAGAAGCAAAGUGAUUGAAAUAUCUUCUGCAAAUCAUAAUUGAUGUUUAGAGAUCAGAAUGUGAACUCCCAAAGAGUGACGCCAUUUAUUUUGGCUCGUGUUAAUGAACUCACAAAAGGAGCCUCAAUGAAAACAAGUUUGCUAACUUUGUUGUAGAAAAUCUUAUGAAUUACUUUUCAGACAUCGCUUUGCUGAAAAAUAAUGCAAAAAUUGCUGGGGAACUGGCUAAUAGAAAGGCGAACUCUAAUAAAGGUACUCCAGCUCAAAACUUUUCUCGGGAUUCGGAGAACAAGAAGAAUGAGACGAAUUUAAAAGUACCGCGUAUAGUGAGUUAAUAAUGAGGUUAAAAGAAAUGAUAAUUAUGAAAUUUAGGUUUCCAUUGGAGCAUCUAUAGUCGACUUCGAAGCAGUGACGGAGGAAGAUGUCAAGGUAUUUUGUGAAAAAUAA